CCAAGAUAGAUUCCCUCAGGAGUGCAGUGGACUUGCUCCGCCUCCCUCUGGCCCUCAGCUCCAAGUCCAUCAGCAGCCACAAGAGCCAGCUGGGCGUGGUCUGGGAGAAGGGCGGCGGCUCAGGGGCAGGAGGGGCUCGGAAACCCCGCCCACCGCCAGCCUCCGACAUGGACAACGAGUCGAUGUACUCCGCCUACUCCUUCAAGUCGUCGCACUCGCGGACCUCACGCAAACACAGAGACAGGAGGGACAAGCAUCGCUCAAAGACUCGUGACAGCAGCCUCCGCGGAGACAAAUCUGUGAGCAUCCAGGCUCCGGGCGAGACGCUGCUGGAUGUGGAGUCCACCCGCGGAGACGACCGGGACGACAACUGGGGCGAGACCACCACCGUGGUCACCGGCACCUCGGUGGACAGCGUCUCCCAUGAGGACCUGACACGGAUCUCCAAGGACCUAGAGGAGUCCUCGCCGCUGGAGUGCCGCCGUUACUUCGGCAUUGUGUUGGGCGCCGUCCUGGGGCUCUUUGCUCUGGUCACUCCUCUGGCCUUUUUGGCGCUGCCACAGCUGCUGUGGCGGGACAGCCUGGACCCUUGCGGCACGCCGUGCGAGGGCCUCUACAUUUCUCUGGCGUUUAAGCUCCUGAUCCUCCUCAUCUCCACCUGGGCGCUGUUCCUCCGCCCGACCAGAGCCACUCUGCCGCGCUUCUUCAUCUUCCGCUGUCUGCUGCUGGCGCUGGUCUUCCUCUUCGUGGCGUCCUAUUGGCUCUUCUACGGAGUGCGGGUGCUGGAGCCCAGAGAGACGGACUACAGGGGGAUUGUGGGAUAUGCAGCAUCUCUGGUGGAUGCACUGCUUUUCAUCCAGUACCUGGCUCUGGUGCUUCUGGAGGUGCGACACCUGCAGCCAGAUUUCUGUCUGAAGGUCGUGAGGACCACCGAUGGAGCCAGUCGCUUCUACAGCGUCGGACAUCUGAGUAUUCAGCGGGCAGCAGCGUGGCUUCUGGAUCAGUACUACAGCGACUUCCCGGUCUAUAACCCCGCCCUGCUCAAUCUGCCCAAGUCCAUCCUCACCAGGAAGAUGUCGGCCUUCAAGGUCUACAAUCUGGGAGAAGAGAACAGCACCAACGCCUCCUCGGGCCAAUCCAGAGCCAUGAUCGCAGCCAACGCUCGCAAGAGAGACAACUCCCACACCGAGUUCUACUACGAGGAGGCAGAGGUGGAGCGGAGGGUCCGCAAGCGCAAGGCCAGACUGGUGGUGGCGGUAGAGGAAGCCUUCACCCACAUCAGGCGUCACCAGGAAGACGAGGCGGUCUUGUCCUCGCCCAAACACCCACGGGAGGUGAUGGACCCGAGGGAGGCGGCUCAGGCCAUCUUUGCUCCGAUGGCACGGGCCAUGCAGAAGUACCUCCGAGCCACCAGGCAGCAGUCGUACCACAGCAUGGAGAGCAUCAUCGACUUCCUGCAGUUCUGCAUCACGCACAACAUGACGCCCAAGGCUUUCCUUGAGCGUUACCUCAGCCCAGGUCCCACCCUCCAGUACCUGGACAGCAGCAGGGGGCGCCAGUGGACACUAGUGAGCGAGGAGCCGGUGACGGCGUCUCUAAGGCAAGGUCAGGUCUUCACCCUGAAACGUCCGGACUUCUCCCUGGUUGUCACGGUGACACGACUUCCCUUCGUGCGGCUGGGGGAGGAAUUUGUCGACCCCAAAAGCCACAAGUUUGUGAUGAAGCUGCAGUCGGAGACAUCUGUGUAGAAGAAGAGGAGAUUAUAUUCUGGUAGUAUCUCUUUUUGUCUGUUGAUAUAACUUUGCACAACUUUUUAUGUCGAAUGGAGUCGACGUUUAAACUCACCGACGAGAAGAGGCAACAGAAAUAUCUCGUCACUGACCUUGUUCCUCUUUCGUUUCUGGUGAACAAAACAAGCCUGUUAACUGUGAUAACUGUAGACCGCUUCCACUUCCCAUUCUUCUAACGGAGUCUGUGGUUCAACUCGUAUUUCACUACAAAUGUAAUAAAACCGUCUUUUGAUUAAAUUAAAAAAAAAAGGACGAAGCGACCUCCAGGGGUGAUAAGUCGGAUUUUAGCCACAGGAUUUAUUCAAGAGAACUCUGACAGCCACUGGCUGCGGUUUGUUAAAGUCAUGUGUGAAAACACCAAACUGCUUUUUCAUGUGAACUACUUCUCAUUUCCCCUCGAGCUUGAACUUCUUUGAAAAAGUCCACCUUGCCUUUUCUCGGACUGAGUUCAGUGGCCGCAUGAAAUGACAAUGAGUCCGCCCUCGUUCUGCUUCCUCUAUUUGUGAUUCGCUGAAGGCUUCACUCAAAACGUUUGAGCCAAAGGACGGAGAGACAAACACUGGAUGGACUCUGAUCGUGUUAUUUCUCAUGAAGUUGUAAAAAUGAGUUUUUCAUAUGGUUACUGAUGCACUGGCAACAAAUGUAGGAACAAUAAAGUUCAUGUUCAGUGUCA